GCAGUUUACUGACACCGCUACAACGUGUUUUUAUCGCUGGCUGUCCAGACGGAAGGUGCUGAAACGCUUUGUCGCGUGUCUGGAAGAAGUGAAAACUUUCCUGGGCAGCAAAGGGCUCACCUUUCCUGAGCUGGAACAGCCAGAGUGGCUGGAAAAGCUACACUUCAUGGUAGACAUGACAGCGCACCUGAACACGCUGAACACAGCUCUUCAGGGGAAAGGACGUACAGCCCUGCACAUGUUGGAGGAUGUUUUGGCAUUCGAGCGCAAGUUGACAGUGCUUGCCAGAGAUUUACAGAAAGGCACUUUGUCUCACUUCCCCAAUUUGAGAGAGUUCAAACAAGGUCACGACAUGAUAAUUUCGGAGUAUUUACAUUCUGCAAUCAUCGCAAUGCAAACAUCGUUUGGGAAACGCUUCUGUGAGUUCAGAGAGGAAAAAAACACAUUAUCCUUCCCGGUCACUCCCUUAAGCAUCGAUCCUUCCCUACUGAAUACGACUGCAUUGGUAGGUGUGAGUCAGCCUGAUCUUGAGAUGGAACUGGCCGUCAUAGCCGACAAAGACAUAUGGGUGUCCAAGUUUAGACGCUUGACAGCAGACCUUGAAGAUGUUGCCCGUCAGAAGGCCGUUCUUGCUCAGAAACACAAAUGGAGUGAUAUUGAAAACCUCACAGAUGACAGCUUGCGAUCCUCUGUAAAGAUGAAGGUGACAUCAUACAGCCCUGAUGUGCAGACGCUGUGCGCUGAGGUCCAGGAGCAGAAAUCCCAUUAACCAAGAUGACAGCUGGCUGACGUUAUUUUUGGUUUGCUGCUGGCGGAAAAUUUAAGUUCGGCGUUUUUCAUAAAUACAAGAAGGACUCAAAUAGACAUUGAAUAUUUUACUUAAAAGUAACUUUCAACCCAACGUCUUUUUUUCAGAGUUCAAAAUGUUUUUGUUGCAUGCAGAAAUGUAAUUUCGUUUUCUCUGCAGGAGUUCAUCAAUUUCAUAAAUGCAACACAUUAUAGUUUGUUUAUACAUAGCAUAAAGGCAAAAAAAACAUUGUAUGCAGUGUUAUUUCAUUUUAAAUGUCAAACGGGUU